AUGAAAUCAUUGAAUCGCUAUCAUUUGCUGAUUAUACGAACAUGGAUAUAUAAUAAUAAGCAGCCUUUCAUUAUUAUUUUACAUUUGCAUUUAAUAUUUCAGGUUCCAUUUGGACAUCCUCUCUUUAUAAUGUUUUCGAGUGGCACUACUGGAUCACCGAAGGGAUUGGUGCAUACAGUUGGAGUAAGUGGUACUAUUCAUUCGUAUAUAUGCAUAUGCAUUGAGCAAACCGAGGGUUGUAAGAGGGAGAGCAGUUUGCUUAUGGUGAAAGGAUCAUUCAAGGGUACAUUACUGAAACACCUCGCAGAACAUUUACUGCAAACAGGAUUUCAAUCGGAGGACUCUAUUCUUUUUUAUACGACCUGUGGAUGGAUGAUGUGGAAUUGGUUGAUGUCCUCGUUUUUUAUUGGUAUGAGUGUGGUUCUAUUUGACGAAUCACCAUUAUUGCCAGAUCCACAUAUUCUUUUCAAAAUUGUUGCAAAACAUCGAUGCACCAUACUUGGCAUGGGAGCUAAAGUUUAUGAGGAAUACGUUAAACUUGAUGAUUGCCCUGCAAAAAUUUAUGAUUUAUCAUCCGUUCGGAUGGUACUGUCUACUGGAUCACCUUUGAGCAAUAAUUGCUUUCGAUACAUUAAUAAUAGUAUUCGUGCAAAAGUAUGUUUCUGUCUCUUAUCAUCUUUCACUCAAUUUGCAUUUCUAAGAAACUACAUUGAUAAAGUACAAUUCGAAGUUACCUUUUUAACACAAGUAAUUCUCAUUGAUGAAAAACGUUCUCUUAGAGCUGUAUCGUUCAAAUCUAAUUGCUGUUUUCAGGCAGUGAUCGGUUCGAUCAGCGGCGGAACAGACAUAAUUGGUUGUUUUAUGGGUGCAUCUGAAUUAUUACCCGUGAUCGAAGGUGAAUGUCAGUGUUCUUAUCUUGGUAUGGACAUGGCAUCUUAUAAUGAUCAAGGUGAACCAGUGUUGGGUGUGCAAGGUGAACUGGUCUGUCGUAAACCGUUUCCAUCGAUGCCGUCACAUUUCAUCAAUGAUCCCGAUGGUGUAAAGUAUAAGAAGGCAUAUUUCGAUAGAUUCGAUGGGAUAUGGACACAUGGUGAUUAUUGCUGUAUUAAUCCCGACACUGGUGGUAUCAUCAUGCUCGGAAGAAGCGAUGCAACGCUGAACCGCGGUGGAGUUCGUAUUGGUACGGCAGAGAUUUACGAAGUGGUGCAAAAAUUCGAUGAAAUAGUCGACAGUAUUGUCGCACCACAAAAAUUGAAUGGAAAUAUCGAUGAGCGCAUUAUAUUGUUUGUUAAAAUGGCACCAUCUUAUGAUUUAACUGAUCAACUGAUAUCGAAACUGAAACAACAACUUCGAACGCUGAUGUCACCUCGCCAUGCACCAGACACUGUCGUGGCUGUUGAUGAUAUUCCGGUUUCAGUUUUGAAUCUUUUUUAUUCACAAAGUGUCACUUCACCUCGCCGUUACGUGCUCAUACCAAUAUUGUGUGCAGGUUUUGAAAUAGAUUUGCAUGCAGUCCUAAGUGCUGAAAUGAACACCAUUAAUAUUCUAGUUUAA